AUGACUUCUGGCGGCUGUACGCAAUUCACGGCUGAACCAUGUUGGAGAUGCCUAACGGCCGAAUCUACACCAGAGCUAGGAUGCCAUGAUCUUGGGCCAUUGGCUGCGGGCCCUAUUAGAGAAAUUGACCGUACUGUCCGUGCGCGCAACAUGGCGAAGCCUCACGACCCGGACGUACAACUGGCCAUGUGCCUCAUGGAUAUGCCGCAGAGCAUCGCCACCAAGUAUCAGGAUCGUCUUAUCGCCGACGAAAGUGCUGUGGGAAUGCAAGAGCGACGUGAUUAUGUUAUGUAUCUGGAUUCUCUUUAG